AUGUCAUUAACUUUAAUUCGUCAUGAUGAGGAAGAAAAAAGAAGAAACAGUAUUCAUAAUCCCACCGGAAGAAUAGGACAUUCUCUUCACUUCUAUUAUGAUAUAAGUCAAAAUAAGGAUGUUUGUGAACAUAGUUCAGUGCAAGAAAAAGAAGAGAAUGAACUUAAUGACAAUAAUAUAAAUGAUGAAAACAAUAAUAUGAAUGGUUAUAAUGAUUAUAUGAAUGGGAAAUAUAAAAUAGUAUUAUAUGGUGGUGGGUUACUAGACUAUGAUUUUACAAAAAAUUAUGCCAGUGAAUUUUUAAUGAAUGUUCAUGGAGAUAUUACCAAAUGUGAUAAUAAUGAAAAUGAUAAGGAUAGAAAAAGUAAUAUAUAUAAUUCAACAAGUAUAGAAAAUUAUUUAAUUAAAACAUAUAAUGAUACAUAUAUAUGUGAAGAAGAAAAUGAAAAAUUUAUAAAUUGGAAAAAAAUUAAAACUUAUAAUGUACCUUCACCUAGGGCUUUUCAAGCUUCAUGUGUAGUAAAUUUGGGACGCAACGGAGUAUUCCUAUUUGUACAUGGGGGGAAAACAAAGAAUAAUAUAUUAGCAGACAAUAAAUUGCAUGCCUUGAAUUUAACAGUUGUAUCAUCCUGUUGUAAUGAUGAAAAUGAAAAUGAUGAUAAUAAUAAUAAUAAUAAUAAUCAAAGUGAUAGUAAUAAUAAUAACCAAAGUAAUAGUAAUAGUAAUAAUAAUAACCAAAGUAAUAGUAGUAGUAAUAAUAAUAACCAAAGUAAUAGUAAUAGUAAUAAUAAUAACCAAAGUAAUAGUAAUAGUAAUAAUAAUAAUAAUAAUAAUAAUAAUAACCAAUGUGAUAGUAAUAAUGAGGGUAAUUACCAUUGUGAUCAAGAAUGUAAGCCUUAUAAUGAACAAUCUUCAAAAAUUACAGAAAAUAAUAUUAAUCAGUUAAAUAAUUCAAACAUGUUAAACGAACAUAAAAUAAGUUCUAUGAAUAAUAUUUGCUUAAGUAACAAUAUAGAAAAAAAUAAAAAUCAAAGGAACUGUUCAUCCUCAUCAUAUGUAGACUCAAAUAAUCAUGUUUCUUCAUCAACGCCUUCAUUAACUUCAUCCUCAAAUUCAUCAGAUUCUUCAAAAUUAUCUCGACCUCCAUUUUAUUUUAAAAACGAAAAAGAUAUGAUAAAUGAUAAUAACGGUGUAUAUAUAAAUUCUCGUAAACCUAUUAAUGAUAUGUUAAAAACAGACACAUCCAGUUGCUCUAAUUACAGUUCGGAUUAUUCAUAUACAAGCGAAUCAGAGAAAAUUAAAAGAAAAUGGGUAGAAAUUAAAAUCAAAGGGAAAAAACCUAGCCAGAGAUAUGGACAUAGUUUAGAUUUUUUAUAUCCACACUUAAUUUUAUUUGGGGGAAAUGAAGAAAUUUGUGAUGAAGAUAAUUCUUUUUGUAAAAAUGAUUUAUGGAUUUUAAAUAUCAAAAAAUGUAAAAAAGGAAAAGAAACAAAAAAUGGACAUACAUAUUGUUAUUCCUAUUUUCUAUGGGAAGAAAUAAAUUAUCAAUAUGUAAAUCCAUUUGGAAGAUCUUUUCAUUCAACUGCAAUUUGGUAUGAUACAAAAAAAAAAAAAAAUAAUUUAAUUUUAUAUGGUGGUAAAAUGAAAAAUCAAAAUCUUUGUAGUAGAUUAUUUUUAUUACAAUAUAAUGGAUAUAUAUGGUCUUGGUCGAUCUUACCUGUAUAUGUUAAUACUUUAAAUGAACAUAGAGCAUAUCAUUCUAUGAUCUGUGCUAAUAAUUAUUUAUUUAUUAUAGGAGGUGAAGAAUAUAAUUAUAAAUAUAUAGAAAAAAUGCCUUCAGCCUUAUAUUCAUUUGAAUCCAAAAAAUUCCAGUAUAUUAAUGAUUUUACAGCAAAGGCAUGUCUAAAAUGUUUUGCAAAACAAGAUAUUAUUUAUUCAUGGGGGGGAUUUACAGAUAUACCAUUUGAUCAUAAUUUCUUCCCAAAUAAUUUUGUUCUGCUUCAUAUGAAUGUACAUAUCGCUUCUACACAAAUGAAAGAUGGAUUAUCCGAUGAUAACGAUGGAAAUGUUAGUUUAAUUAUGAACAUAGAGGAGAAUCCAGAUGACAAUAUAUAUAAAAGGAUGAAUAAAAAAGUAAUGAAAAUAGAAAAUAAAAAAAACCAACUAGAAAAAGAUUUAUCAUAUCAGAUCAAAUUAAAUGAAAAUAUGAAUUCUCAAUUAAAGGAACAAAUAACACAAUAUCAAAAAAUUAUAUAUUUGUUAAAUGUAAAGAAUAAGCAAAAUGCAUACUUGUUAGAUUUAUUAAAAAAAAAAAGCGCUAACAUGGUAGAUAAUAUAAAAGGGGAUUUGGAAAAUAAUAAUAUCCUUAUUAGUGGCGAUAUACAAAAUAAUAAUCUUGUCAAUAACAAUUUUUCGUUCAACAAUAUUAAUAAUAGUUAUAAUGUAUAUGAAAACUCUAACGUUAUUCCGGAAAAUACAUUAAAUGUUAUGGGCGCAAAUAAUAUGCAUAAUGAAAUAAAUAGCAAUAAUAAUAACAAUAAUAAUAACAAUAAUAAUAACAAUAAUAAUAACAAUAAUAAUGAUAACAAUAAUAAUAACAAUAAUAAUGAUAACAAUAAUAAUGAUAAUAAUAAUAACAAUAAUAAUGAUAAUAAUAAUAAUAUUGAGCAAUUUAGACAAAGUACUACAAUAAUAAAUACACCAAACCCAAAUAUGUUCGAUAACAAUAACAAUUUUAAUAAUUCAGUGGAUAAUAUAAAUAGUUACAAUGAAAUUAUUUUCCGUCAAAAUGUACAAAAUUACAUAACUCCCAACGGAACUACAAAAGAUAAUAUACAAAAUGGUUUACAAAAUAAUAUGCAACAAUUUUCUCAAUCCAUAGAUCAACUAAAUGUUUUCAAUAAUGAACAAAUAAAAAAUGAUUUAUUAAAUAUUGAAAAUAAUUUAUCAAACACUUCGGAAAAUACAAAUAAUUAUUAUUUAAAUGGAAAUAUUAAUGUUAAUAACAACAAUUUUGAUUUUAAUUUAAAUGUAAAUGACUAUUCAAAUUUUGUUACUGAUAAUUUACCGCCUUAUAGUAAUUCAUCUGACCUGUUCAUAAAUAACAACAUGAAUUUUCUGAAUGACGCUAGUACUAGCCAUGUUAAUUUUCCGCUAGCUAAUUCUCAAGUUGUUCAGGUAAAUAAUAAUUAUAUUGGCAAUAUGGAGGCAAGUGUGAAACAUAACAUAUGUGUGGAGAAUACAUUAAAUGAAAUAAAAACGCCUGAAGUGGAAUUACCAUUAAAUCAAAGGGCUCGUAGAAAAACAGCUGAAAAAUGUUUAAAAUUAAUAGAGCAAGAUAGAUUAAGCAGGAUUCAAAGUGAAAGCAAUGCUCAAUAA